AUUAGAGCGUGGAAAAAGCUGCUUCUUCUUCUUCGUCAAUGAACCGAACCGAGAUCGAACCAAGGAAACGAAACUGAAGAACGAAAAAAAGGAACAACAAACUAGAGAGCGACCUUCCUCUUACCGGCGCGUUACUCUCACGCGCUAACGUACAUAUAGACGAGUCGAGCGAUCUCGCAGCGGCGUUUAUCGAUACCCUAAGCUCGUGGUUGUUUCAGAUUUUUGUUAAUUGAAUUCUCUGCAUCGAGAUAGAGGGAGAUGUGGGUUUUCUAUCUGAUCUCGUUGCCUCUAACCCUAGGAUUAGUUGUUUUCACGCUCCGAUACUUCGCCGGACCGGAGAUUCCUCGGUACGUUCUUAUCACCGUUGGAUACACCUGGUUCUGCUCUGUCUCCGUUAUCAUCCUCGCUCCUGCCGACAUUUGGACGACACUAUCUCUGCAACCUGAUCAUCCUGAGAAUGGCGCCAUUUCCUUCUUAUGGAGUUGGUCAUACUGGAGUACGUUUCUACUCACCUGGGCUGUGGUGCCCCUUAUUCAGGGUUUCGAAGAUGCUGGAGACUUUACCGUGUCUGAGCGAUUGAAGACUAGCGUGCAUGUCAACUUAGUUUUCUAUCUAGUACUGGGAUUCAUUGGUCUUCUCGGUCUUAUCCUUCUCAUCAUGAUGCACAGAAACUGGACAGGAAGCAUUUUGGGUUAUGCUAUGGCAUGCUCAAAUACUUUUGGGCUGGUCACUGGUGCAUUUCUCCUUGGCUUUGGCUUGAGCGAAAUACCUAAGACCCUCUGGAAGAAUGCAGACUGGACCACACGCCAAAAAGUUCUCUCGCACAAAAUUGCUAAAAUUGCUGUGAAACUUGAUAAUGCCCAUCAAGAACUUUCAAAUGCGAUUGUAGUUGCUCAAGCGACUUCAACUCAAAUGUCCAAGCGUGAUCCUAUGAGACCAUACAUGAAUGUUAUAGAUGCUAUGCUGGCUAAAAUGUUCAGGGAAGACCCAUCAUUUAAGCCACAAGGUGGUCAAUUGGGCGAAAAUGAUAUGGACUAUGACACAGAUGAGAAAUCUAUGGCGACGUUAAGGCGGCACCUUCGAAAUGCUAAGGAUGAAUAUUAUAGAUAUAAAAGUGAAUAUCUAACUUAUGUUACGGAGGCCCUUGUUCUUGAAGAUACAAUGAAGAAUUAUGAACGUCGUGAUGCAACUGGAUGGAAAUACAUUUCGAGCUUCAGAGCCACUCGAACUGGGAAAAUGGGGAAUCUUCUCGAUUCAUUAGAAUUUAUGUGGAGGUGUAUAUUGAAGAAACAAAUUCAGAUGGUGUUGGCAGUAGUUAUGGGGAUUAUGUCUGCUGCAAUUCUUUUAGCAGAGGCAACUCUCCUUCUUAGUAAACUGGACUUGUCCCUCUUCUCAAUACUUAUAAGCUCUGUGAAAUCCGAUGAACUGCUAGUGCAGGCAUUUGCUUUUGUACCUUUGGUGUAUAUGUGUGUCUGUACAUAUUAUUCACUUUUCAAAAUUGGGAUGCUGAUGAUUUAUUCCUUGACUCCUCGACAAACAAGUUCUGUGAAUCUGCUAAUGAUUUGCUCGAUGAUUGCUCGAUAUGCGCCACCAAUAUCUUACAAUUUUAUUAAUCUCAUUCAACUUCAUUCUGAGACUAUAUUUGAGAAGAAAAUGGGUAGAAUCGAUGAUGCUGUCCCGGUCUUUGGACAACGGUUCAAUGAGAUCUAUCCUCUCAUAAUGGUUAUCUACACAUUGCUAGUUGCAAGCAAUUUCUUCGAUCGCAUAUUUAAUUACUUUGGUAGCUGGAAAAGAUUUAGAUUUCAAACAGAGACCGAAGAUACGGACGGAUUUGAUCCUUCGGGGUUAAUGAUUCUUAAAAAAGGUAAAAACACUAUAUUGAUCUUUUUCUGCAUUGAGAUUUGAUCCAUAACCCUUGUUUUGAAUUCAUUUUCCAUUUAUAAUAAUGGUUAGAACGAACCUGGCUCGAAGAAGGACAAAAAGUCGGCGAGCAUGUUCUUCCAUUAGCGAGGAACUUCAACGAUGUUGACAUUGAACCAGGAAGCAAUUUCUCUGUAAGUAGUAAAACCCAUAACAUAUAAAAGCGGAGCUCAUAGUACUUGUUCCAAAUUCUGACUAUGAUAUUUGCAGGAAAAUUCUUCUGUUGAAAUGAAGAUGUCGUCGAGCUAUGACAUAGACACACUAAAAGGAAGUUCAUCAAAAGACGAUAUGUCCCGUAAAUACGGAUCAGCUAGAGAAGCAAUCACUAACAAAUAUGCAGCCAUUAGAGAACAACAGAACAAACACUCGCCAUCUUCUAUGACAAAGCCAGAGAACAUGGCUUCAGCUAAAGUGUCCUUACUCGAAACAGACAAUUCAGGUCCAAGUAACGGUCAAGGAUCUGGAGAGCCAUCUUCUCGUCUGGCUUCCACAUGGCGAAACAUGAAACUAGGAAUCCAGAGUUUUAAAGAGAAUGUAGCUACCAAGAAGUUUCUUCCAUUAAGACAAAGCCCAGAAACAACAGCACUAACAAGCACAAGAGUAGUGACUUCAUCAGUGCCACAGUCGCUAGAUGAGAUAUUCCAGAGACUUAAAAACCGGUCUGUAGAACACAGCCCCUACCUCGAUGAUGAUGAUGAAGUUUGAUUAUGAAGAUGGUGUUCAUUAAUGAUGAAAAUUUAAAAGAACUCCAUUUUAACACCAGAUUUGUUCACCAUAGUAUAUAACAACAAUUUUACAAAAAACAUCUAAUUUGGGAGUUGGAAGGGUCCAUUUUUUGUGUUGUAGGUUUUUAUAUGUUACCUGUUAAUGACAUGUUAUAUACUUUUGGAUUAUAUAAUACGAUAUACAUAAAGU